AUGGACGAUAACGAACCCAAGGACGGUUUUAUUCAAGGGGCUGCAUCUGGUUCCAUCGGCCAGUUCUCUUUCGCACCCGCAACACGAACAACUGUCGUUACCACCACCACAACUACUACAACCUCGUUCCCUCCGUUGUUUAUAAAACCACCACGAGCGGCCCAGGAACUUGAUCCUAAACUAUAUCCACUGGCAUCGUCUCCCACGCCAUCAGCUUUGAAAAAUAUCAAGUUUGAUCUGGGUGGAAAGUCCGUGGUCUUCAACGAGCCUGAUGAUACCACGGCGACUAUAGAGGAGAUAACCGAAAAGAACGAUGCUUUGAAGUCGUCAAACGGCGUUGUCCGAUCAGUCACUUCGUUCAAUUCCGAAGAUGGCCAACUACCGCGUCGGUUCGCAGUCCCGAGAGUUUCGAACUAUCCUGCCCCUCUCCCAGCCAGCUCCAAGCGACGACCCCUAUCGUUUACAGAAGCUAGACAAGGGAGCUUGAGGUCUCAGUCGAGUAGGAUUCCAUCAGAGCCUUUGCUACGCUCCUCCCGAGUCCAUGGCAAUACGCCUUCCUACCCUAAACCCGCCGGCUUGGCAACGCCCGAGACAGAAAACAGCAGUUUCAGCUCUCAAGAGAGCAUUGCUUCGCGGAGGCGAAUCCACAGCGCGAACUUUCCCCGGAGAGAGACCCUACUUCGGUCACCAUUGUCUUCAGAGAUCGAAUCCCAAGGCGAUUUGUCAACCCUCCAUGCAAGAAAAGACCCUUCUCGUACCAGAACCAUCGUUUCUGAGAGAAGCAGACAAUUUGGACGUCCUCCAGUAUCAGAUUCUGCGGAGUCAGUAAUACCCGAAGACGAAAACUCGAGGCAACAAGGUCUAGGAGCUUCCGAGAGCCAGGACACAGAAUAUGUCCCUGACUCACUUUCUCAAAAUCGAUCCCAGGACUCGGCUUCACAGCUGACACUUGUUGACAAUGUUGCUGCGCAGGAUAUGUGCUUACCUAGUCCUAGUUUGUCACCAGUGGCAGCUAUGAAUGCAUUGCAUGCGGAAUCGUCAUUUGACUCUGCUGAAGAACCUGAAGAUGAAACAGAUUCAAGUUUCGAACAUAUUGAUUCCCAGCUUAUCGACUCUUCACGAAAACAGACCUCGACUUCUUCUGUGCCUGCGGUUGCUGAACGCAACACCAGUGUUUCAACACCAAAUACGAAAGCACCUGGUGCGUCGUCGUUAAUGGACAUACCCAAUGUUGUGGAUUUUUUCGACACUAUACCCGAGGAGAUGAAGACGUACCUCAUGUACCAACUUCUAAAGCGUUGCCCUAAACCGACUUUGCACUUUGUUGCCGACGUUGUCAAUCCAGCCCUAAAAUGUGAUUUCAUCACGCUUCUUCCACUAGAGUUAAGCCUAAAUAUUGUCAAAUAUUUUGACGCACAAACCAUGUGCCGUGCUGCGCAGGUGUCAAAGAAGUGGAGACACAUCAUCAACUCCGACGAGAAGUCCUGGAAAGAACUCUUUGAUAGAGAUGGGUUUAUGCUUCCAGAGGGAGAGCUACAACGAGCUAUCAGAGAAGGUUGGGGCUGGCAGUUUCCAAGUGGAGUGGAAGACUACGAAAAGGACCUCAAUCUGUCACCUUUUAUCAAGCCGGACCCAGAUUCCAGCUCGGCUUUGUCACCAUUUACCGGACCAAGUGACAGAUCGUCAUCUCUCAAUCGACGUCCGAAAAGGAAAGCUUCCCGAGUUUCUAGCAGAAAACUGGCGAAACGAAAGAUCUCAUCUAGCGGCACCGAUCAGUCCGAUUCAUCAGAUUGGAGAAGAGAAGUGUCAUUAACGGAAGGGCCAUAUGCUGCUGCCAACGCUGCAGCUGCGGCUAUUCCAUACCCGGAUAUCGGUCUUCCAUCUCUUCGAGCACUCCAUCUCUACAAAUCUCUAUACCAGCGACACUAUUCCGUGCGCAAGGGCUGGAUGAAAACUGGCGUAAAACCAAGACACAUUGCAUUCCGUGCCCAUGACCGCCAUGUGGUCACAUGUCUCCAAUUCGACACCGAUAAAAUUUUGACUGGCAGUGAUGACACUAAUAUCAACGUGUAUGACACGAAGACAGGCGUCUUAAGGGCAACUCUCGAAGGCCAUGAAGGUGGCGUUUGGGCCCUUGAAUAUCAUGGCAAUACUCUUGUCUCUGGGUCUACCGAUAGAUCUGUUCGCGUCUGGGACAUCGAAAGGGCAAGAUGUACACAAAUAUUCCACGGCCAUACUUCAACCGUACGCUGCUUGCAAAUCGUUCUGCCCGUUGAAGUCGGAAAGAAAGCGGAUGGCACUCCUGAAAUGAUGCCAAAGGAGCCAUUAAUCAUUACGGGUUCUCGGGAUUCGAACUUACGAGUUUGGAAACUCCCUAAACCAGAAGAUCCUGGAUAUUAUCAAAGCGGACCCCACGUGGACGACGCUGAUUGUCCGUAUUUUGUCCGCGUCCUGACCGGUCACCAACAUUCUGUCCGCGCCAUUGCAGCCCAUGGAGACACCUUGGUCAGCGGAAGCUACGACUGCACCGUAAGAGUGUGGAAAAUAUCGACUGGCGAAACGGUGCACCGACUUUCUGGCCACUCACUGAAGGUGUAUAGCGUGGUUCUCGACCAUAAGCGGAACCGUUGCAUAAGUGGAUCUAUGGAUAAUAUGGUGAAGGUGUGGUCCCUAGAUACAGGCUCAAUUCUUUACAACUUGGAGGGCCACACGUCACUUGUUGGGCUUCUAGACCUGAAAUGCGAUCGUCUUGUCUCAGCUGCCGCGGACUCGACUCUCCGGAUUUGGGACCCUGAGACUGGCCAGUGCAAGAGUAUGUUGAGCGCUCACACAGGUGCAAUCACAUGCUUCCAGCAUGAUGGGCAGAAAGUUAUCUCAGGCUCUGACCGAACUCUGAAAAUGUGGGAUGUACGAACCGGAGAAUGUGUUCGGGAUCUUCUCACAAACCUCGGCGGAGUAUGGCAGGUCAAAUUUAAUGACCGUAGAUGUGUUGCUGCAGUGCAGCGUGAUGGUAUGACUUACAUCGAAGUUCUUGACUUUGGUGCGUCCCGUGAUGGUCUUCCAGAUGACCAAUUAGGUAGACGUAUCGUUGUCAACCGAUCGGGGCAGGAAGUCAGUGACACUGAUGAGGAUUACGAUCUGUCUGAUGCGUAG